AUGGGCUUCGCUUUGAAGAGGCCAGAUGAUGCCGUGGGCUCUGCUGCCCCGGCAAUCAUGAUUGGAUUGUUCGUUGCAUUCGGUGGUGUUCUCUUUGGAUAUGACACCGGUACCAUCAGCGGUAUCCUCGCCAUGAAGAAAUGGCGCGAGAUGUUCUCGACCGGCUACAUCAACCCCACAGACAACCUGCCUGAUGUCACAUCCUCAGAAUCAUCAAUGAUUGUCUCUCUGCUCUCAGCAGGCACAUUCUUCGGUGCCCUCGGCGCCGCCCCCAUCGCCGAUAAAUUCGGCCGCCGAAUGGGCAUGAUCAUGGAGUGCUUCGUCUUCGUCUUCGGUGUCAUCCUCCAAACCGCCGCAACCUCCAUCCCCCUCUUCGUCGCCGGCCGCUUCUUCGCCGGUCUGGGCGUCGGUCUUCUCUCUGCCACUAUCCCCCUCUACCAGUCCGAGACAGCACCCAAAUGGAUCCGCGGUACCGUCGUUGGCGCCUACCAGCUCGCGAUCACAUUCGGUCUUCUCCUUGCUGCUAUCGUCAAUAACUCCACCAAGGACCGUGAUGACACUGGGUGCUACAGAAUCCCUAUCUCCAUCCAAUUCGCCUGGGCUAUCAUCCUCGUCGUAGGCAUGCUGCUCCUCCCCGAGACUCCCCGCUUCUUGAUUAAGCAGGACCGCUACGAAGAUGCCACUAAGGCCCUCGCUCGCGUCCGCCGCAUGGACGUCAACGACCCCGCUCUCAUUGCUGAACUCGCUGAAAUCCAGGCAAACCACGAGUUCGAAAUGCGUCUCGGAAAGGCUACCUACCUUGAGAUCGUCCGUGGAUCCCUUGGCAAGCGUCUGGCAACUGGUUGUGCUGUCCAGGGUCUGCAACAGCUCGCCGGUGUCAACUUCAUCUUCUACUACGGCACAACCUUCUUCCAAAACUCCGGCAUCCAAAACUCCUUCGUGAUCACCCUGAUAACCAACAUCAUCAACGUGAUCUCCACAUUCCCGGGUCUCUACAUGGUCGAGAAAUGGGGUCGCCGCCCCCUCCUCCUGUUCGGCGCCGUGGGAAUGUGCGUCUCGCAACUCAUCGUCGCGAUCGUCGGCACAGCCAUCAACUCCGAAGUCUCGAACAAGGUCCUCAUCGCCUUCGUCUGCAUCUACAUCUUCUUCUUCGCCAGUUCCUGGGGCCCCGUUGCCUGGGUCGUGACCGGUGAACUGUACCCCCUCAAGGCUCGUGCCAAGUGUCUUUCCAUCACCACCGCCACCAACUGGCUGCUCAACUGGGCUAUUGCCUACGCCACGCCGUACAUGGUCAACAGCGGGCCUGGAAAUGCCAACCUCCAGUCUAAGGUUUUCUUUAUCUGGGGUGGAUUCUGCUUUAUUUGUGCCGUGUUUGUUUACACUUGCAUUUAUGAGACUAAGGGCCUUUCGCUGGAGCAGGUUGAUGAGCUUUAUGCUAAGGUGCCCCGUGCUUGGAACUCGGUUGGAUGGGUUCCUUCGGCAAACUAUAAUCUCGAGCAGCUUGAGAUUGAUGCUGGGGAGAAGAGGUCUGAGGGUGCUAUGCAUCUUGAGAGCGUUGAGGCCAAGACUGAUGUUUGA